CAUCACCCUAGACCCUGGGCACAUACAGGAAGUCAGAGGAACGUACAGUACCUGCAGGAGACACUGUUCUGCCUCAGAGUUGGACACCGUCUCCCUUGCUCCAUGUCAGAUUCCAACACAACCGACUUCACCAGCCCCUCCACCUUCAUCCUGCUGGGUAUUCCUGGCCUGGAGGCAGCCCAUGUCUGGAUCUCCAUCCCCUUCUGUGCGAUCUAUGCUAUAGCCAUCUUGGGGAAUGUCACCAUCCUGUUCAUUGUGAAGAGGGAGCCGAGGCUCCAUGGGCCCAUGUACUAUUUCCUCUGCAUGCUGGCUGUCAGUGACCUGGUUGUGUCUACGUCCAUCCUGCCCAAAAUGCUGGCUAUCUUCUGGUUCAAUUCUAGGGAGAUCAAUUUCAGUGCCUGCCUCACUCAGAUGUACUUCAUUCACUGCUUCUCAGCGAUGGAGUCUGGGAUCUUCGUGGCCAUGGCCCUGGAUCGCUAUGUGGCCAUCUGCCAUCCCCUGAGACAUUCCACCAUCCUGACAAACCCCGUGGUGGUCAAGAUCGGCCUGGUUGUGCUGCUACGCGGUGGCAUGCUCGCACUACCUUAUCCCUUCCUAGCAAGAAGGUGGCCAUAUUGUACAACCAACUUUAUCCCCCAAUUAUAUUGCGAGCACAUAGCCGUGGUGAAGCUGGCCUGUGCCGACAUCCGCAUCAGUAUUUACUACGGCCUCUUUGUGGCACUCUGUUUGAUUGGACUGGAUGUGUCUUUUAUCGCCAUGUCCUACACCCAGAUCCUCAGCGCCAUCUUCAGCCUCCCCACAAAGGAUGCCCGGCUCAAGACAUUUGAGACCUGCGGCUCCCACCUCUGUGUCAUCUUAGCCUUUUACUUCCCAGGUCUCUUCUCCGUUCUCACACACAGAUUUGGCCACAAUGUGCCUCUGUAUUUCCACGUUCUUAUGGCCAACAUGUACCUCUUGCUGCCCCCCAUGCUAAACCCCAUUAUCUAUGGAGUGAGGACCAAAGAGAUCCGGGGCAGGCUGCUCCAGCUCUUUAUUCAUAAAGGGACCUAA